CAGUGAGGCAAGCACACAGCUCGAAGGCCACGGAAGCCGCAUAAAAAGCUUCAGCCAAACGCUGAGCGGGCCUGUUGUCACUUGGGACGCGCUCUCGUGCACUUGUGCAAAUUCCGUACCAGCGACGACACAAACAAUGAGAAUGGGUGGCCAGGCGCUCGCCUGGCUCGUGAUUGCUGUCUGCGUUGGGCCGGCUCUCUCCGGGUACGUGGUGCGUCGUCGUGUCUAUGGCGGCGGUGGCUACGGCAGCGGUGGAUACGGUGGUGGUGGAUACGGCAGCGGUGGAUACGGUGGUGGUGGACACGGCGGUGGAUACGCCACCACGAGGUACUACUCUGGUGGCGGUGGCUACGGAGGCGGUGGAGGUGAUUACGGCAGAUAUGGUGGUUACACCAGCGGCUACCGAAGCGGAGGAGGUGGCUACGGUGGCGGCGGAUACGGGUCCGGCGGUAGCUACCGAUCAUACGGAGGAGGAUACGACGGCGAAUCCAGAAGCUACGGCGGUGGUGGAUAUGGCAAGUCCUACUCAAGAAGCGUCAGCUAUGGGAGCGGAAGAUACGGCAGUGGUGGAUAUGGUAGCGGUGGCUACGGCGGUGGUGGAUACGGCGGUGGCAGAUAUGGCAGUGGCGGAUAUGGCAGUGGCGGAUAUGGCGGCGGUGGAUACGGAGGAAGCGGCUACGGGAAAAGUUAUUACGGAGGUGGAAGGUCGUACAGCAGCGGAGGCUACGGUGGUGGAUACAGUAGAGGUUACAGUGGGGGCUACGGAGGGUCUGGCGGCUACGGAAAGUCCUACUAUAAAUGGUGA